AUGGAUCCAUUGACUACAGAGCCUCUCGGGGACUCAGAGGAGGAGCAUAUAGAAGAAUUUGACUGCUCAGCUGACGUUGCUGGAGGAACUUCCUCGGAACAUAAUUCUCCGAAAUCCUCGAAUCGGGAUUGCUCUCCGUAUGCAUCUGUUAUCGAUAUGGGUGAUAAUGUUUACAGAAGGGAGGAGCACUACUUAGGUGAUAACGGAGACAUGUCUGUUCAUAGCAACACGAAGCCAAUCCGGUUUCCUGGUCGUGUUGCUGGGUUUCGGUUGUCCGAUGGCCAUAAGAAGUCAGUUCAAAUGCAGUUUGAGGGCAGAAAAUUCAAGUCAUCUGCCAAAUCGUACUUGAAGAAGGAGAAGCAACCGGACGUAACAGCAGAGCUGACACGUUGCAAAGACGAGGACUCCAAUUAUCUGGAGUUUUCUGAUUUCGGAUUGCAGUCUCUACCGACUGGCAUAUUCAAGGAUCUUCCUCAUGUGGAGACUCUCUUUCUGAAUGGAAACAAACUGACUGGUCUACCAGCAGGUCAGCUUACAGGCCUACCAAAUCUGCGUCGACUGUUGCUUCAACAGAACGCCAUCGUCUGCGCCGGACUUCUGCCUGAUCUGGCCAAGCUAACCUCUCUGGAGGUAUUGGACCUUCGGCAUAACCGUCUCGAAGGCGACUUGCCUUCCUGUAUCUACGGGCUCCGCGGACUAAAACAGCUUAUCCUUAGUUAUAACAAAAUUGGAGUCCUUUGCGACGAUAUAAAAAAUCUCCAGCGCCUCACGAUUCUCAUUGUCAAUCGGAACUCUAUUCGACAAAGCAUCCCCAACACGAUCGGUCAGCUAGCAUGUCUGACCAAACUCGACCUCUCUUACAACCACAUCCAAACCCUACCUGCAAGUCUUGGCCAAUGCACACAGCUAACAGACCUCUACCUUCACUACAAUCAGCUGACCCAUCUUCCUGAAUCUAUCGGGAACCUUACCAAUCUGAAUCGACUAAUGCUCAAGUACAACCGCCUUGUGGAGAUUCCGGAGUCACUAGCAAAGUGCACGCGACUGGACGAAUUUAAUGUUGAAAAUAAUCAACUUUCCACGCUCCCAGCGCAUCUGCUUGACAGCAUGUCAUCGGUCCGAAAUGUGACUUUUUCACGAAAUUUCUUCAGCGUUUUUCCCCCGGGUACCUGCGAACAAUACACCCACGUUAUGUCUUUAAAUAUGGACCACAACAGAAUUACUGAGAUACCUCUGGAUGUGCUCUCUCAUCUUGGUCAAGUGACGAGGCUCAAUCUUCGUGACAACGAGAUCGCAGACCUCCACGCUGAGGACUUGCGUCACUGGGAUAAUUUAGUUGAAUUGGAUCUCGGUUCUAACCAUCUCUGCGGUCUGCCUGACGAGUUAGAGGCUCUGAAAUCACUGGAACUGUUCAGAUUGAGCUACAACCAACUGAAGCGCCUUCCAAGCACUUUGGGCAAGCUGCAGCGACUGCGAAUGUUGGAUCUUGAGUCAAACCAACUGGAAUCUCUUCCAUCAACCCUCGGCGAGCUUGUGAAUCUACAAGACCUCAACGUUGUUUGCAACCGUCUCACAACCUUUCCGCCUUCCAUCGGCAAUCUUCGUGAGCUGAAAGUCCUCAAGGCUGGUGAAAAUGAUUUGACUGAGCUGCCUCCAGAAAUUGCCACUUGUGGUCACAGUGAGUAG